CGGGUCCCCACUUUUUGCGCGAGCGGCGCCACAUCGACAUCCUCAAGCGAGUCUCUCUCCGAGCACGCCAUCCUGCAGAGUCGCAGCUCACAACUGCACAUAAAUUUCCUUGGAGCAGACUUUUCUCAACUCCACUUCUUCUUCCUCCAUCUGCUCCUCUACAUCCACCAAAAUGGGCAAUAUCACUCCCCCCAUCCACCCCGAACGGGAAGAGCCUGCUCAACAGCUCACCGAUGACAGCGCACCCAUCCAAAAGUAUCCCUUUUAUAGGAGUGUUUGGUUUCAAGUCUUGAUUUGCUCGUUGAUCUCAUUCACCGCCCCGGGCAUGUGGGAUGCUUUAGGUGGUCUAGGUGCUGGAGGUGCCGCAGAUGUCACGGCGGUGUCUAUUGCCAACGCUCUCGUUUACGGCUUGUUUGCAGUUGUGUGUGUAGCCGCCGGUGCGAUCAACAACCGGAUUGGUCUCAAGUGGGGUCUUGCUCUUGGAGCCGUUGGAUAUCCCCUCUACGGUGCUGGUUUGUACGUUAACAACACUACCACCCACACCGCUUUCAUGCUCUGGGCUAGUGCUAUGUGCGGUAUCUCUGCCGGUUUCUUCUGGGCUGCUGAGGCCGCUGUCAUCAUCGGAUAUCCCAGCCCUAAAGACCGAGGAUUCUACCUCGCCAUCUGGCAAACGGCCAAGGCCGCUGGCCCCAUCGUCGGUGGAGCUAUCAACCUCGGAUUGAACGCCGGUAGAAGCACUGCUGGAUCUGUCUCUUCCGCCACCUACAUUGUCUUUAUCGCUAUCAUGUGCCUUGGUUUGCCCAUUGCUACGUGUCUCAGUGACGCUCAGAAAGUCCACCGUAAGGAUGGUACUCGCAUUGUGGUCAACAAGCAAGAGUCUUGGGGUAAAGAGUUCAAGGCCGUCCUCGACCUCGCCCUGUCUCGCCGUAUCCUUCUUCUCUUGCCCGCCUUCUUCAUCAGUUAUUUCUACAACGGCUUUUUGAGUACAUUUUUGACCAAGUACUUUACUGUGCGAUCGAGGGCCUUCUCCAGUUUCUUCACCAACUUUGCUGGUAUCUUCAGCUCUUUCAUCAUUGGCACCCUCCUCGAUCGUCAAUCCAUCCCCAUCAAGAUUAGGGCCAAGGUUGCUUUUGGCUCCAUCGUCACUAUCCUUAUCGGCACCUGGAUCUGGGCUAUCAUCUUGCAGAACCAAUUCUACAAUGCCGACACCGCGCCUGUUUGGGACUGGUUCACGGCCGGCUUCAACAAGUCGUAUGCUUUGGUGUUCUUCUGGACUUUUGCCGGUCAAGCUUUCCAGCAAUUCCUCUACUGGUUGGUCGGCCAGUACACCACUGACCUUUCUUCCCUCUCUCACCACACUGGUAUCCUCCGAGGUGUUGAGGCUACUGGGCAAACCGUCGCUUGGGCGUAAGUCUUCCUUUGAUACUCUCUAGUCAUUCUGCUGACCAUCUGGCAGGAUGCAAUCUGAAGGCAAUGCCAAUCACUUUGUCAGUAUCGGCAUCAACUUUGGUAUCCUCCUCAUCUGCAUCGUUCCCACCUGGAUCGUCUUGUCCGAGCUCGAGGGUAGCCACGAGGUUGUCGUCGUUCAGGGAACUGACACGCAAUCCCUCAAGGAUGGAGGCGUGGAGUCGGCAAAGUCAAGCGAGAAGGACCUCGCGUUGGCGUAAAUCAUUCAUUCUCUCAUUCUUGGGUCCCGUUAUAGACAUAGAUAUUUAAGUAGUCACCGGACGUCUAUAAUGUGUCUGUACUUUUCAAGUUUUCAUCCAUCAUCAUGCACUCUGUACUUAUUUG